AUGGAUAGCGGACAAGCCUUAAGGGAGCGCUUCGUUAACGUUCCCGGCAAUGCUGAGUGGGCAGAGCUUUACCGCGAGGGAGGCUAUCACCCAGUUCACCUUGGCGAAGUAUUCGCACAUCGAUAUCGUAUCCUUCGCAAGUUGGGCAAUGGACGAUUUGCCACCAUCUGGUUAGCGAAGGAUGAUAAGCUCCAUCGUUAUGUAGCGUUCAAGAUCACGGUUGCGAGCGGCGCUCGAGUCCGUCACGAAAUCAAUGCCCUGAGGAAAUCGAAUGAAGCAGCAAACGUCGAACGCGAUAAUAAUAAACCUGUGCUCCAACUGCUCGACGAGUUUUCGAUUACUGGGUCCAAUGGGAUGCAUAGCAUCCUUGUCCUUGAGCCUAUGGGACGGAGUCUCCAAGAGCAUCUGCUUAUCCUUCAGCGGCUAGACCCGAAAGAACUUGACUAUCGUCGUGUGGGCUUCAUGCGAGAAAUCUCCAAGCAGCUGGUGAAUGCACUGCAUCAUUUACAUUCCAACGGAAUAGUCCACCGAGAUGUUCAGCCGGGCAACAUACUAUUUGCCCUGCAAUACUCACUAGACCAGUUGGACGAAGAAGCAGUCCAAGCUGACACGAGGAUCAGAAAGUCCCAGAAUAUCUUCUCACUCCAUAGGAUCGAUGGCAACCCUCUGGAUGAAACCUCCCCUACGUAUGUAGUGGAGCCCAGACCUUUAGACGACGGAGUACAAAACACGUCACCACCACCGGAAUUUCGUGUCGUCUAUUCAGACUUUGGUGCCGCUUCCACAUUCGAAGACGUAAAUGACGGAGGCCAUGCAUAUCCCACAAGAUUGCGACCCCCGGAAUUGCUUUUGCACCAGCCAUUAUCAGAAAAGGCGGACGUUUGGAGCCUUGGAUGUGUGAUUUUUCAAACAGUAACGCUCACCAAUCUCUUCUUCGUCAACUCUUUCGCCACACCAGCAGAACAAGACAACGAGCAUCUCCAGAGUGUGACUGAGGUCCUAGGGCCACUACCUCCGGAUAUGCUCAAGCUUUGGAAGGACCGUGACUCCUUCGUCAACUCGGAUGGUGAUUUGCUUGACGAAGUCAUUAAAGGAGGGAUCAGCGAACCGCUGAAUGAACUUAUUGCGUUGCAAAAGCCUGCGGGUAUGCCAUCCGUGGAAGUUCCAAUUUUCGAGGACUUUGUACGGUCGAUGCUCCGGUACAAACCCGAAGAGCGAGCGUCUACGGCGGAUUUACUUCGGCAUCCUUGGAUAACUCGGAGCUUCCAUGAAUAG